GUUUUCUGUUAACAAGUAUAGCCCAUUAUAAAAGUUUGGGCUUUAAUAUAAACGUUUCGUUACAGAAUGACUUCACUAAAACAGGUGUCUAUUACUGAGGAGUCUCAGACUAAGGUGAAACAGUCGUCCAGUACUCCGAGAUUUUCAGUGAUGAAAUCAGCGGCGAGAGCUAUCUCAAAAUCAAAAUUUAUUCUUCGUUUCCUACCUUAUUACAGGUAAAUUAAUUUAGCAUUGCUUAUUGGCUAAUACUAAGCAGAAUUCACGAAACGGAGAGAGAGAGAAGAUAAUAAAUUCCUCUAUCCAAUGAUAUUUGUAUUUGUAUUUCCUUUAAUAUACGAAAGACAAAAAUAUGAAAAUUUUUCUGUUACCCUAGUGACACAAAUCUGAACUUUAUUAACAUUUUAUAGGAGCAAGGAGGUGGGUGUUUAGGUUAGUUGAAAAGAUCGGUAAAUCAUGGAACACAUUGAAUGAAGAAGCAAGUGUGAAUAGGAAGUCACAAUGAUGAAAAAACACACAACUUAAAAUAAACCUUAUGUGAAUUUCAAUUCUGCAUUACGUUAAUUCUCAUUAAGUAUUUACAACUAGAUCUUGUUGUCAAGACAAUAAUGAUUUUUUGAGAUGUCUAAUAAAUUUAUGAUUACUGAAAUUCUUCAAGAUCCUAUCGAAAAAUCAUCAAUUACACUAAAUAGCUCUUCAAUUGAUUCUACUCCUUUAGUUACAUAUUUCAUCAGUUCUGUAUCAAGUCAAAAUCCACACUGUACAGUUUCUACAAUAAAUAAUUUCACAUCAAAUAACUUGGAUUUAUCCAACAGUAUUCAACAUACUAUUUCAUUCAUAGAUCAUGAUCAUGCUGUUAAGCAUAAAAACUAUGAAAUACAAAUAGGAUUGUGUUCCAACUCAUUAAACUUAUUGAAUCCAAAGGUUUACACAAAGUAUCUAUCAAAUUUAUUUAAAUCCGAAUUGAAUAAUCACUUACUCAGUCAACCAACACAAAAUGAGACUGAAAAUCAAGUUGGAUUAAGCAGCAAUAAUAACUGUUUAGCAGAUUAUUAUUAUUAUUAUCCUCAUCAUCAUUCCAUUAAUCAUAAACAAUUAAAAGAAGAAUUUUUAAAACUUUUCAACCUAAUGAUUUCCAAACAGACUAAUGAAGAUAAUUUUUCACAACCUAAACUAUCUGAAGAUGUUGAAUGUAAAGAUGAUAAUGAUAACAGUUUGUUAUUAGUAAAUGAUACUGAGAAAAAUUCUUCACAUAAUUGUCCAAAAGUUCUAGAUCUAUCAUCUUCGAAAAUUAACCAAACUAAUCGAUCCAAACAUCGGCGUAACUUAUGGCCUAUAAUAUUCAAAGAAUUGGAAUUCAAUUGUAAGCCAAUUAUUGCAACUGAGGAUUAUCAUCAACGUAGCAGUAGUGGUAAUAGUAGUAAUCAAUUUUCCAAACCAAAUUAUCUAUUCGGUUAUGAAUCUUCUGACAGUUAUACAAGUAUGGUUGAUAUAGUUAAAUCGGAUGAUGAUCUAUCACAAAAAUGGUGUUUGAAAUCUGAUGCAAAUACAAAAGCAAAUAGUUACAAUGAAAAACGGUUGAUAAAAAGAAAAUUUCGUAAAAGCUUUCUACCUAAAACUAAUCAAACAUUUGAAUUCGAACGUAAACAUAGACAAGCUUAUUCAACAGAUCAACUUGAACGUUUAGAAACAGAAUUUGAAAAAGAUAAAUAUUUAAAACUAAACAGACGGAUAGAAUUAUCAAAUGAAUUAAAUCUAACUGAGACACAAAUUAAAACAUGGUUUCAAAAUCGUAGAACUAAAUGGAAAAAGAAAUUAUACUGGUUGAAUUCUGCAAGCCGAUUAUCAGUAAAUUCUGUUAAACACGAAAAUAGUUUAUGGUCAAUAUCUAAUAAAUCCACUGCGAACAGUGAACAACAGUCUGUAGUAAAUAACUGUUAUACAAGUUUUAUACCUACUCAAUUUCAUUGAUGAUGAACUUAUCACAAGCUGUACUAAUCCUCAAUUUGUAUUUUAUCUAUUGUCUUUAUGAAAUAAACAAAUAUAUCAGAA